GCUGUGCUGGCGAGCGCACCGCGGCAGAAGCGACAGCGACGGAUGCAUGGCGCAUUAAGAUGGCACACACCUGGGCUCACUUCACAGCGCUCUUUCUGUUUCUCGCCCAGCGAGGUGAUGCAGGUGAGCUGGGGCCUUUCAUCUCCCCCCGUGGACCUCACCUGGUGGUUCCCAAAGGCAGCCCCAUCAGCCUGCGUUGUCAUGAUGACUCCCGUGUGAAGUGGCAGCGUGAGAAUCGGCGGCGUGUGGAUGGGGAGGUGCAGGAGUUUGGCUCGGCCAUCAUCUCAAUCCCCACAGCACAGGCCCAACACAUGGGCCGAUACCUCUGCACAAACGAGAGGGGCGCACAGAGCGUCAUCUACAUCUUCGUGAAAGAUCACCACAACGCUUUCCAGAGGUCAGUGGUGCGGAACAUCUUGGUGAAAUCGGGCCACAGUGCUGUGGUGCCGUGCCUGGCCACAGAUCCUGCUCUCAGGAACCUCACCCUGCACACCUGCGAUGGCCACGCCCUUCUUGCAGCUCUGAGCUUCAGCUCCAGUGUGGAGAAAGGCAUCACCAUCCUCAACGUCCAGAAAGCACAGGAGGGUUGCUACACCUGCACUGGGCAGCUGGGUGGGAAAACGGUGAUGUCCAGCCAGUACCAGCUGAUUGUGAGCCCAGUUCCAGAGUCCAUUCCCAGUGUCAGCCUUUCUGAAAAAGAGAUGGUAAUUCUUACGGAAAACCAGAAGUUUGAAGUGAUGUGCAGCUCCACCAAUGUGAACAAUGACUUCCGUUUGGAGUGGAAGUCUCCCCUGAAAGUGCAAGCCUCAGUCAGUAACUCGUCCAGUUCCCUGCCGGGCUCGGGGGGGUUCCUGCACCGCGCGGUUCUGUCCGUCCCCUCUGUGCGGAUGCAGCACUCGGGCCGGUACACCUGCACUGCUCUGAAUGAGGUGGGCGUGGCCACAGCAUCAGUCCAGCUGGAUGUUCAAGAGAGGGGUUUCAUUAACCUGACAGAGGCGGGGAACAGCACGGUGCAUGUGCGUGCAGGAGAGACCCUCUCCCUGCGCCUGGCUCUGUGGGCCUACCCCAGACCCCACACUCUGUCCUGGGAGUACAUGGGCCACGCCCUGCAGAACACCUCCGACCACAUCAUCACCUCCCAGCACUUGGGCUACAGGUCCAUCAGUGUGCUUAGCCUGGUGCGAAUUAAAGGGACAGAGAGCGGAAUCUACACCUUCCACGCCAAAAACGCUGACGUGUCUGUCAGCCGAUCAUUUACCAUCCAUGUGAUCAGUAAACCUGAGAUCAUCUCUCAGGAAGGUCCCAUCGAUGGCCAGGUGCGCUGCAUUGCUGCAGGGUUCCCCACCCCAGAGAUCACCUGGUUUUACUGUGAGCUGCCUCAUACAAGGUGCUCCCAUCAACUGAACUCCACUCAGGAGCAGCAGGUCAGCACAGUGACGGUGUCCAGCCCAGAAUUUGGGAGAAGGAUGGUGGAGAGUCAUGUAAACAUCAGCAGAGGGCAUUUCCACACACUGGAGUGUGUGGCCACAGUGGAGGGAGAAGAGGCCUUCUCUUUGUUCUCUGUAGGGGAGCGCAUGGUUCCUCAUAAGCUGUUCACUCCGCUUCUGGUUGGAUUUGUUUCGGCUGCUGCCCUGCUGAGUGUCGGUGUACUGGUGUUGCUCCACAGGUACCUGCAGAAGCCCAAAUACCAGAUCCACUGGAAGGUGAUUGAAGGUAUUCAUGGCAAUAGUUAUGUGUAUAUUGACCCCACUCAGCUACCCUAUGACCCAAAAUGGGAGUUUCCCCGGGACAACCUCCGCUUUGGGAAAACUCUGGGCUCAGGAGCGUUUGGGAAGGUGGUGGAGGCCACAGCCUAUGGAAUGAUGGAAGCUGACACAGUGAUGACAGUUGCUGUGAAAAUGCUCAAACCCAGCGCUCAUGCGACAGAGAAGGAGGCCUUGAUGUCAGAGCUCAAGGUGCUCAGUUACCUGGGGCAUCACAUGAACAUCGUCAACCUGCUGGGAGCCUGCACAGUGGGAGGCCCUACUUUAGUGAUCACAGAGUAUUGCUGUUUUGGUGACCUGUUAAACUUCCUGAGAAGAAAUCGAGAUGCGUUUCUGUGCUUGGAGAUGGAAGAAAGCUCUUACAGAAACAUCAGGCCUCCAACAGUGGCAGCAGGUGACAUCAACAGGAAUGGCUACCUGACCAUGAGGCCCGCCCCCUCUGCCUCCACUGCACAGGCCUGUCUCCAGCCAGGCUCUUUCGGUGAUAAAGACAUGGCUGAGGACACCACGUCUUUGCAUAUGGAGGAUCUCCUGAGCUUCUCCUACCAAGUGGCAAAGGGAAUGGACUUCCUGGCCUCCAGAAAUUGUAUUCACAGAGAUCUGGCAGCCAGAAACGUCCUCCUCACAAAAGGACGAGUGGCUAAGAUCUGCGACUUCGGCCUCGCCCGAGACAUCACCACUGACUCCAACUAUGUUGUUAAAGGCAAUGCACGGCUUCCUGUGAAGUGGAUGUCUCCGGAGAGCAUCUUUGAGUGUGUGUACACGCUGGAGAGUGACGUCUGGUCCUAUGGCAUCCUGCUGUGGGAGAUCUUCUCUCUGGGCAGCAGCCCCUACCCGGGAAUGCCUGUGAGCUCUGUGUUCUACAAGAGAAUCAGAGAAGGCUACAGGAUGAGGGAACCCGAGUUUGCUCCCAGUGAAAUGUAUGAGGUGAUGAAGUCCUGCUGGGAAGCAGACCCUCUGAAGAGACCCUCCUUCAGGAAGAUUGUGGAGAAGCUGGAGGUGCAGCUGCUGGAUCGCACUAAACGUAUAUAUAUGAACAUCAACAGCAGUUCUUUUCCAUGUGACCAGCAGCAGGUGCACUUCCCACGUCUGAACUCAGGGGGCAGCAUCACACAGCCCCUCCUGCAGGACAAGAAUGACGUAUUCCUGGAGUGUGAGACCUGACCUGUCCCUGACCACCCCCCUCCACACACACACACACACACACACACACA